AGAUCAUGAAAGGAAGUUUGAUUAUUUUUUUUGUUGACACUAAUAAUAAAUAGGUCUAGAAUAAAUAUAGAUCUAGAGAUCUAUGUUGAUAUUACCCUUAAUUUUACCAAUACUGCUGUAAUAUCACUUUAUAAGUCAUCAUGUAUGGCCAAGACGAAGAUAUGUAUGACCAAGAUGAUGAAAGUGAUGAAAUUACCAUGGACCUGUGGCAAGAAGCCUGCUGGAUUGUCAUUAAUUCAUACUUUGAUGAAAAAGGUCUUGUUAGACAACAGCUUGAUUCAUUUGAUGAAUUCAUUCAAAUGUCUGUUCAAAGAAUAGUGGAAGAUGCUCCUCCUAUUGAUCUUCAAGCAGAGGCUCAGCACACAUCUGGUACUAUUGAAACACCACCUCGCUAUCUGCUGAAGUUUGAACAGAUUUAUUUAUCUAAGCCAACACAUUGGGAAAAGGAUGGUGCCCCUAGUCCUAUGAUGCCAAAUGAAGCAAGAUUGAGAAAUCUUACUUAUUCUGCACCACUAUACGUGGACAUUACAAAAACAGUUAUCAAAGAAGGAGAAGAUCCAGUGGAGACUACUCAUCAAAAGACCUACAUUGGUAAAAUACCAAUCAUGUUACGCUCUACUUAUUGUCUUCUGAGUGGUCUAGCUGAUCGUGAUUUGACAGAGUUAAAUGAAUGUCCAUUAGAUCCUGGUGGAUACUUUAUUAUCAAUGGGUCAGAAAAAGUGCUGAUUGCUCAAGAAAAGAUGGCAACUAAUACAGUAUAUGUUUUUCAACAAAAAGACUCCAAGUAUGCCUUUAAAACUGAGAUACGUUCAUGUCUUGAGCAUUCCUCUCGUCCGACAAGUACACUUUGGGUUAACAUGAUGGCCAGAGGAGGGCAGGGCUCUAAAAAAAGUGCCAUUGGUCAAAGAAUAAUCUCUAUUUUGCCUUACAUCAAGCAAGAAAUUCCUAUCAUCAUAGUUUUCAGAGCUCUUGGAUUUGUAGCUGAUCGUGACAUUUUGGAGCACAUCAUUUAUGAUUUUGAUGAUCCUGAGUUGAUGGAAAUGGUGAAGCCCUCUUUGGAUGAAGCUUUUGUUAUACAAGAACAAAAUGUUGCACUUAAUUUUAUUGGUUCUAGAGGUGCAAGACCAGGUGUUACAAAAGAAAAAAGAAUCAAAUAUGCCAGAGAAAUCUUACAGAAGGAAAUGUUACCUCAUGUUGGUGUUAGUGAGUUUUGUGAAACCAAGAAAGCAUAUUUCCUUGGUUAUAUGGUUCAUAGGCUGCUGUUGGCUGCACUUGGUAGAAGAGAAGUGGAUGACAGGGAUCAUUAUGGAAAUAAACGACUUGACUUGGCUGGACCACUCUUAGCCUUUUUAUUUAGAGGACUGUUUCGAAAUUUAAUGAAAGAAGUUCGCAUGUAUGCUCAAAAGUUUAUUGAUCGCGGUAAAGAGUUCAACAUGGAAUUGGCAAUAAAAACCAGAAUUAUUACUGAUGGUCUUAAAUAUUCCUUAGCUACUGGAAACUGGGGUGAUCAAAAGAAGGCUCAUCAAGCUAGAGCAGGUGUAUCUCAGGUGUUGAAUAGACUUACCUUUGCUUCAACCUUAUCUCAUUUGCGCCGGCUCAAUUCACCUAUUGGUAGAGAUGGCAAGCUUGCAAGACCUAGGCAGUUACAUAACACACAUUGGGGAAUGAUAUGUCCUGCUGAGACACCAGAGGGUGCAGCUGUUGGUCUUGUGAAAAACUUGGCUCUGAUGGCAUACAUCUCUGUAGGCUCUCAGCCAUCUCCUAUCUUAGAGUUUUUGGAAGAGUGGAGCAUGGAAAAUUUAGAAGAAAUUGCACCUUCAGCCAUUCAAGAAGCUACCAAGAUCUUUGUCAAUGGCUGUUGGGUUGGUAUUCAUAGAGAUCCUGAGCAUUUGAUGACAACAUUAAGAAAACUUAGACGAGAAAUGGAUGUUAUUGUCUCAGAGGUUUCUAUGAUCCGUGAUUUUGCUGACAGAGAAAUUAGGAUAUAUACUGAUGCUGGUAGAAUCUGUCGGCCCUUGCUUAUUGUAGAAAAUCAGAAAAUGCUUUUGAAACAGUCUCACAUUAAGCAGUUAAAACAAAGAGAAUUUAACAAUUACAGUUGGCAAGAUCUGGUUGCCAGUGGUGUGGUGGAGUACAUUGACCCACUAGAAGAAGAAACUGUAAUGCUGGCAAUGACCCCUGCUGACUUCAUGCAAGAAGGAAAAGAUGUCUCUUACUGUUCUACAUAUACACAUUGUGAGAUUCACCCAGCCAUGAUUCUUGGUGUUUGUGCUUCUAUCAUACCUUUCCCUGAUCAUAACCAGUCACCCCGUAAUACAUACCAAUCUGCUAUGGGUAAACAAGCUAUGGGUGUUUACAUUACAAAUUACCAUGUUCGAAUGGAUACCCUGGCCCAUGGAUUGUUUUAUCCUCAGAAACCUUUAGUGGCAACUCGAUCCAUGGAAUACUUGCGCUUCAGAGAACUACCAGCAGGUAUAAAUUCUGUUGUGGCCAUUGCUUCAUACACUGGAUACAAUCAAGAAGAUUCUGUCAUUCUCAAUGCAUCAGCCAUUGAAAGAGGCUACUUUAGAUCAUUCUUCUUCCGAUCGUACAAGGAUGCUGAGUCUAAAAAAGGUCUUGAUCAGGAAGAAGUAUUUGAAAAACCAAACAGAGAAACCUGUCAAGGCAUGAGAAUAGCUAUUUAUGACAAGUUGGAUGAUGAUGGUAUCAUAGCACCAGGUACUCGUGUCUCAGGUGAUGAUGUUCUUAUUGGUAAAACCUUGACAUUACCGGCUAAUGAUGAUGAGUUGGAUAGUACAGCUCGUCGUUUCAGCAAAAGAGAUGCAAGUGUGUUCAUGAGACGCAGUGAGACUGGCAUUGUUGACCAGGUGAUGGUUACUAUUAAUAAUGAAGGAUAUAAGUUUUGUAAGAUUCGUGUCCGUACUGUCAAAACUCCCCAAAUUGGUGAUAAGUUUGCCAGUCGUCACGGUCAGAAAGGAACUUGUGGAAUUACUUAUAGACAAGAGGACAUGCCAUUUACAUGUGAAGGAAUCACACCUGACAUCAUUAUCAAUCCUCAUGCUAUUCCAUCUCGAAUGACCAUUGGUCACUUGAUUGAGUGUUUGCAAGGGAAAGUAGCUGCCAAUAAAGGAGAGAUAGGUGAUGCUACUCCUUUCAAUGAUACUGUCAAUGUACAGAAAAUUUCAAAACUGUUACAAAAAUACAACUACAAUCUGAGAGGCAAUGAGGUUUUAUAUAAUGGAUUUACUGGACGUAAACUGAAUGCCCAGGUAUUUUUGGGACCUACAUAUUACCAGCGUUUGAAACACAUGGUGGAUGACAAAAUUCAUUCCAGAGCAAGAGGUCCAGUUCAAAUUCUGAACAGGCAGCCUAUGGAAGGAAGAUCUCGCGAUGGUGGCCUCAGAUUUGGUGAAAUGGAGCGUGACUGUCAGAUUGCACAUGGUGCUGCACAGUUUUUACGUGAGAGACUAUUUGAAGCCUCAGAUCCAUAUCGAGUUCAUGUGUGCAAUCUCUGUGGCAUCAUUGCCAUUGCAAACCUUCGCAACCAAACCUUUGAGUGUAGAUCAUGCAAGAAUAAAACUCAGAUUUCUCAAAUUCGCAUACCCUAUGCCUGCAAACUUUUGUUCCAAGAACUGAUGGCUAUGAGUAUUGUGCCACGCAUGAUGGUGACAGCUUAAGACAAACCUUGGACAAAAAAAGAGAGAGAAAAACUUCUUAAGGGACAGUACAUUUGUUGUGUAAAUAUUACAUCCCUUUUUCUAAUUUAAUAGGAUUGUGAAUGUAAGAAAUAAUUUAAAAAAAUAAUUUUUUUUUUUCAAAAGAAGGAUUUUAAUGACCUAGAAACUAGUCUUUAAAAUUGAACAAAAACAUUACUUAGAAUGACUUUAAAUAUGUCACCCAAAAUUCAGGGAAUUUUUUUGAUUUAAAAAAUACCAUCUUUUUCAAGUCAUGGAAUAGCUGGUGGUGAAGAAAAACUAUUGCAAUGAUUAAUAUACACAUAUACACAUGAUUUUUUUCUCUGAUUUUAUAUUUGGGAAUUAGUACCAAAUCUUGAACUUUAACAUUUUUUGACUUACUGGAGAUUAUAGAGUUACAUUUACACUUUAAACAUUAAUUUUCAUUUAGUAUUCUAAAUCAAGAUCUCAACUUUGCUAUGAUUGCAAAAUUUAUAUAUAUAUAUAUAUAUAUAUAUUUAUAUAUAUAUAUAUAUAUAUAUAUAUAUAUAUAUAUAUAUAUAUAUAUAUAUAUAUAUAUAUAUAUAUAUAUAUAUAUAUAUAUAUAUAUAUAUAUAUAUAUAUAUAUUAGUAGAAGAAGGCUCAAUAGAUAAAUCAUUCUAAAUUUCUGAUGCAGUUUGUUUUAUGAUUGGGAAAGAUAUUGCAAAAUAAAAUGAAUGGGAUAGUCAUAGAUUUGUAAGAUAAGGCAUUUUAACUAAUUAGAAUCUGUAACAAUAAAAAUAUGUAUUAGUCAUUGCUGUCACUGAAUGGUAAUGGAUCAAUUGUUAAACUAGAUUCAAGAGCUCUCUUACACUGACAUACCUAUAGAUACUUAUUGAUAUUUGUCAUUUUGUUAUUGUAAAUUUUUUUUUUAAACGAUUGAUUGUUCAAGGCUGUUGUAUAUUGCAAGUUAUCUUCGUUGCUUUUGCUAAAAACACAGAAGUAAUGUUCCCAUAUUUUUCUUACAAAAAUGAAAACAUGUAUUUUGCAGUUUACAAAUAAAUGUAAUAAUACAUUCUCAUUUGUGUUCAAAAUGUGAAAUAAAAAAUUUGUUGCAACUGGA